AGAAAGCUAGCAAUUAAUUAUCAAUAAGUCCAAUAAUUAGUAGGAAUAUUUUUGAUGUCUAUCGUAUAAAUGAUUUAAAAAUAAAACACAUUCUCAGUGAGACCUAAAAAUAUUACGAUAAUUAUAGCUGAGGAAGUCGAAAUACAAAAGAAAAUUCUCUUCGCUCCUCAACCACGUUGAUACAUAUUUGUUUCAUUUUGUAAACAAACAAAACAGAAAAUUAAAGAAAAAAACCAAUUUGACAACCGGACGCUCCCGAACUAUUAAUCUACUAAAUUUAACUCAAGUCCCCGAGACGCGAUCUGGCGCACAACGCUCACUUUUAGCAUCGCACACACAAAACUCUUAAAAUACACACAUUAGUUCAUAAUUUUAACCUCACCAGUGAAACACCUCCAUGCUUUUCAACAAAAAUGAUCCCAUAAGAUCCGGGAUGGCAUUUUCUGUUUUCCAAGGAACAUGACCAUCACAAAUAAUGAGCUUCAAACAAAGACUCCCCCCAGAAAACACUGAUCAAAAUGUUGGCUGUGAUCCAAUCUCGAAUACUUCCAAACGGAAUAGUGGUCUAUUUGCUUUCUUAAAAUGGUUCAAGCCUUCCACGUCUCGGGAAUCUAUAGAUACGGAUCUACAAAUAUCUCACUCAAGUAGCUGUGAUAGUUUAACCUCUUCUCAUAGUGUCGGUACGGUUGCUUCUUUCUCUUAUAUCGCCCCCGGUGAUUACAAGCAUAGUGUGUCGGAAAAGUGCAUAACCCCCGGACCGGAAACGGACACUUACAAAGCAAGACUGAAACAACGCGACAAAAUACGCGAACGCGACAAAGACAAGAAUCUCACGCUAAGAAAGAAGUAUAACUUGUUUUUCAACAGAGACUCGUUACUUAAAUCCAAAAAUAAGAAAGAAGAAAUCGAAAACUCCAAAAGUUUGCCUCUUAUGACGAGAGGUGUUAUGGAAGAAACCCAAGAAGAGAUCAACAAGGUAGUGCAUCGUAGAACCAAUAGUGAAUCCUCAAAAAUCCGAAAAGCUGGUGCGUAUGUUCAUGUUAAAGGUAAGCGAAAAGCCCCACAGCCCCCUGGAAACAAGCUACUAACUCCUCCAGACGAAACUUCAACUGCUAGUUUACGAAGAAAAAAGCGCUUAGCUCCCCAACCGCCGACCAUAGAAGAAAAAAUGAUGAAAACUGGUAAAGAAAAGACUGAUGCUCCUGUAUACGAAGACGUAGGAAUCAUUUGUAACGAUUCAUUGAAACUAGAUCACGGCAUCUUGCGACCUGUUAAAGAAUUAAAUAUGCCAAAUACUACGACGAAUCAGAAUAACACAACGCUCGCUCCUUCGUCAGCAAGAACAAGCAUAAUUGAAGCUCCUGUAUCACCAAGAGCGUGGUACAAAAGAAAUUUAGCCGAGAAGAUAAAAAAGGAUAAAACAGACAGUAGAUACGAACCCAUCGAAAUACUUCCAGAAGUUCAAUUCUCUAGAAAUUCUUCCCUGGAUUUAACUUUAGAGGAUGCAAAAUUAGAUCGAAAAAAAGAAGACAAAAGGAAAUCAGGCAUGACGUUUCUUACAAAUAUAAGCGAGCUAGACAGAGAAGCAUACGAAAUAGUAAAAAACAAAGAAUACGAGGCUAUAUCAAAGUCAAAUAUUUCAGAAAUGCCAGAAUUCAUGCGACCUAAAAAUACCAAAGUGGAACCAGAAGAGUGGAUUGUAUCUCCCAAAAGACGAUCCGCAAGAGACUUAAUAGCUAAAUUUAACGCUAUAACAAACGUACGAAAAGGAGUUUUUGGAUCACAAAAGGACAAACUGUUAGAUAAACAGACGAGCCUGGAUGAAACUAAAAGAAGACAGGAAUUUCUGUUGGAAAGUCACAAAAAACGUCUGGAAGAGAUAGAUAAGAAAAACUCACCCUUAAUGAAGUCUGAAAGUGCUAGUGCUAUUAAACCAAAGAAGGAGACUCCAAAGCUAGAGAGGAAAAGUUGGCAUUGUCCAAAAUGUAACGUUGAAAAUGAAUAUUGGAGGAUUAUAUGUCACGUAUGCUCCAACAUUAAACCAUAUUUUGAUGAUUUUUCCUCAUCAUCGAAAACUGAAAGUAAUGUACAAGAAAAAACAGUUGUUAAAGAAACUAGUCCACCAAAAAAGACUGAAAUGAAUUUUGAACGAUCUAAAACGCAGAUAGGAUUUUCUGCUUUAGUUAAUUACAAUAACAAACUCAAAGUAGGAAAUGCGUCCAGCUCGAGCGAUGAAAAAGUAGAAGACACAAAGAAAGAAGAAAAAGAAAAACUGAAGAAAAUGUUAAUAGAAAUGAAAAAUUCUUUGCCUAAACGAAAAAUAGCACAAAGGAAAAAUAACGUUGCAAGUAUUAUCGUCGAAAAUGCAGAUGCAAAAGAAGAAACAAAUGCUACUGAGAAAACAGAGAAUAAACUUGAAGUUAUUGACACAUCAGAAAAUAUAGACGAUAAAAAUACUGAAGAAAAAACUCAGGAGGAGAAAGUGGCUGAUAUUCUUAUUGGUACAACUACAACAGUUUAUGAAAAUAUUAAGGUUAAGAAAACAGAUAAUCCUAAACCUUUGAAAGUGUCCAGCUCUGCUCAAACUACAGCAGCUAUAAAACAGCACCUACCAGCUUCAACCAUAAGCAAUUUGCUAGAAGACCAAAGAAUGAAGAAGGACUUUAAAUUGAUGCAAUCUAAAGACUUCGAAAACAUAUAUUCCCAAUCUAGUCAGUCGGCUGCCAAGAUGUACGCUAACUUGGUGAGGAACGAUGAGUUAUCAUUGUUUUUUAAUAUACCAAAAACGGUAAAAAAGGAUGAAAAGACUUCGAGAAACUUAAGUCGAACGGACAGUCUGCAAAUCAAUCGGUUGUUGAAAAAACUUGAAGUGUCCAUUUCGAAGGGAGAGUUGAGUGAUGCUUCGAAUAUUGCGCGGGAACUGGCUGUACUCAAAGUGAAUUGUUCUGUUGUGAGACAUAAGACUUUAGCUUCGGCGAGGGAACGGACGAAAAAAAUUCAAAUAGAAAUGUACGUCGAAGACAAAGUUUCACAUAGAGGCCCAUUUCCCGUAGAUGUAAGUCCGGAUCAGACAUUGGCCCAACUGAAAAUUCAAGUGGAACGAGAGUUUGAGAUACCGAUGGCAUUCCAGAGGUGGAUACUAGGCAAGGAAUUAGUGACUGACGACAACGCUCGACUGAAAGACUAUGGCAUUGUUAAAGAAGGCUGUCCUGUAUUUUUAUAUUUAGUAGCACCAGAAAAAACUGCUGAGCCAGAGAAGAAGCCUUUAGUCGAUUUAAAAGACGUACCAUCCACAUCAAAAGAAACGAACUUUGUGAAGCCCGUAGAACCUAAAGUAAAUGGUAUAUCAUCGUCUAACCUAUUUGACAGAAAUAAAAGUAAUAUUCCAAAACUGGAUUUAGCCACCAAUGCUGUUAAUGCUUCCAAAAUAGAUCAAAAUGGUUUAACCGACUUGGAUCAUACACCAAAAAUAGUAAACGUAAUACCAAAAGUAACAGAAAUAAUAACGAAAAUCCCUAAUGUGUCUGGUUUAACUAAAAAAGAGAUUUCAGACAAAUCAAAAAUAUUAAAAAAAGAAACUUCCCCGCCAAAAGCAGAAGUGAAGCUAUCACAAAAACCACCAAUACCAACAGAUGUCCUAAAAGUCGAAAUAAAGAGCUCACAAAUACCAGUAACAGUUAUAGAAACUGUAAAAGUGGAGGUAAAGACAAGAGAAACACCCGCAACUACUAAAAUUGUUAGUUCCGUGUAUAAACCAGCGGCUUCUUCGGAAGAUAAGCGAAUCGACAUUAGUAUCGCUGCAAACUCUCAAGGAUCAAAUGUUUUACCAAAACCAAAAACACCUCCAGCGAAUUUGGAUCCUAAUUUAGAAGUAAAACCAAUAGUGCAGCACGUUUUUCCAACAAUUCAGAAUUCCUAUCAACCCCAACUUAAUUUAGAUGACUUAAAAAAAUCUAUUCAACCGACGAUACAUAAGAUAGAUUUACCAACAACUUCUUCUUCUUCAGUAUCUGGAGCUGAAAAAAAAAUCAAACUUUCACCUGAGUCCACACCAGGAACUUCUAGUACUCCUCCUAAAGCAAAAGACGAAGGAACCAGAACACCAGGGACUUCCAGUACUCCUCCUAAAGCAAAAGAAGAGGAAGAUUUUUCAGAUUACGAAUCAAAAACAUUGAAGCCUGUUAAAGAAUGGGAAUGCCAUUUAUGUACAUUAUUAAAUCCCUUAACAAGUAACAUUUGCGCUGUAUGUUCGACUAUCAGACUGCGUACAAAAACGGAACCAGCAGAAGAAAAAGUUAAGAAGCAAGAAGACAAGAGGGUUGAAAUAAAGCCAAUUACAUUGGAAGUGGAGAAAACGGAGCAAGUUACAGAAGACAAUCAACCCCAAACGUAUAUGCAGUUACUGAAUUUAGACAAUAGGGACUUAAUAGAAAAUUCUGAAACAUUUACUUGCUUAGUUUGUUUCAUCGACAUAGCCCCAAAAGAAGGAGUGACGUUAAGAGAGUGCUUACACCAGUUUUGCAGGCCAUGUUUGUCUCAAACAGUUGAGUUUUCCGAUGAAGCUGAAGUUAAAUGUCCAUACAGGGAUGAUAACUACGCUUGCAAUCUGAGUCUGCAAGACAGAGAAAUCAAAGCGUUAGUUAGUGUAGCUGUGUAUGAUCAACAUCUGGCAAAGUCGGUAGCUCAAGCAGAAAACCGGAUUGAUAACUCCUUUCACUGUAAGACUCCCGACUGUAAGGGAUGGUGUGUUUAUGAGGAUAAUGUUAACGAAUUUAAAUGUCCAGUCUGCAAGAGAACUAACUGUUUAACCUGCCAGGCAAUCCAUAUGGGAAUCAACUGCCGCCAAUUCCAAGAGAGGAUAAAAGACGACGCUAAUCUAGACGAGGAUGGCAAGAAGACCAAAGCUAUGUUGGAAGAAAUGGUACAAAAGGGAGAAGCGAUAGAGUGUCCUACAUGUAGAGUGAUUUUAAUGAAAAAGUGGGGGUGCGACUGGUUGAGAUGCUCCAUGUGUAAAACUGAAAUUUGUUGGGUAACGAGAGGGCCCCGGUGGGGGCCAAUGGGUAAAGGUGAUACCUCUGGAGGUUGUCAAUGUGGCGUGAACGGAGUCAAGUGCCAUCCUAAAUGCAAUUACUGCCAUUAGUAUAAUUUAUAUUGUUUGAUUUUAAGCUGUUUAAAUUACAUAAUUUUUGCAUAGGAAAGUCUUGUAGAAAAAAUUGCAAUAUCGAAAUUGAUAUUUUUUGGCGUUUAUACAUUUUUUAUUAAGAGAGAUAUUUUAAAUACCGAAUUUUAAAGAAUUUCUGCAAAAAAAUAAUUUCUUUAACGCGUUUUUCGCAUACUUUUUUAAUACAUAUUUAAUCGCUGCUUGUAAAAAUUUUCGAAUUUUGAAAAAUGGCUUGGAUUACCAAGGAGCUUGGCAACCCCUAGCUAUUAUAUCUUUUUAGUCUAAUCUGUACAAUAUUUGAAAAAUAUACACAAUUGAGUAUUUUUGUAUAAAAAUUUCUAUAAAUUUGCGAAAUUGUAGAAAAAGUAAGAACCAACUGAUAAGCAUUGUAAUUUUAUUUAAUAUCAAAAAUUGUGUAAUUUUAAAUGGUAUAAUUUAGUAAAAUAUAUUAUUUCAAUACGACUUACAUUAUUAUAUAUUUUACAUUUUACGUUUUGACUCAAAUCUUGUUUUUGCAUCUGCUUUCAAUAUACAGUGAGAAAAUAAAAUUCCAUAGAUAAAUAAUAUAGUAUUACCGGAUAAAAUUCCCACUCCCCUGUCAACUCGUUUAUAUGCUUCUUUUCAUGAGCAUUUUUCAGUGCGUCACAAAUGAUAGAAAAAAAGGUAAGUCCGUGAUAAUAUACAUUUGAAACAUUUAUUCUAACAUGACAUUUUAGUUAAAUCUGACAGUUGUCAAAUUUUAUUUGCAGUUUGGCAUAAAAACAAAUCAAUUUUGUCUAUUGCAUUUAUAAAAUGGUAUUUUCUUUGAUUUGUAUAGUCUUAUAAAUUGUACAGAUUAUAUUCGCAGAUAUAUUAUAUAAUCAGUAAAUAAUUUUUUUCGAUUAUAGCGCCAUCUAUUGAAAACUAGAAUAAAUGUUAUAAAUGUUACCGACGAAAUGUAAUCACCGACGUGCGUUUUUUUCUGUCACAUACAAUUUAAUGCGUUAGAAAGAAGUCGAAAACCUGUGACGCACUGAAAGAUCCUCAUGAGAAAAAGCAUAUUAAUAAUAAAACAAAAUCUCUCGGACACUUCGAUUUUUAAACUUUUUCUAAUACCUGACGCUAUCAAAAAUUCGGUAUUACGAUGAACCAUCUUCAGGUGACUACUUCUAGCAUUCAUAGAUGUCGUAAAGCAAGAUAAACGGAGGAGAGUAACAUGAAAAGAGGAAUAUGAAAAUAUGUACCAGCAAAGUUAAUAAGACUGACUAGAAUGACUCAUCAGCCAAAGUUAAAACAACUGAAGGAGAUACAAACGAUAUAAAUAUAGAAUGUAGCGUAAGACAAGGAGACAGUCUCUCAACGGUACUAUUUAAUAUCAUAUUAGAAGUAUUCAGGGGUAUAUAGCUGAAAAAGACAAUUAUUCAAAGUUCAACAUAUCAUAGGAUACGCGGACGAUCUAGCAAUGGUAGACAAAGAAAAGGUAGCGUGACAAACAAAAGCUAGAAGAAACAAUCAUAACGUCGAUAAGAAAAUCAAAGAACAGAGGACUAAUAAUCAACCAGAAUAACACAAAAUAUAUAAUAAUCACAAGUGACUAUGUAAACAGACUAACAGAAAUAAAAAUCGGUGAAAAUAAAUUCCAUAGGGUCGAUGCACAAAUUUAUUUUCCAUUUUUUAGCUAUAAGGUCAUUAUGCCCUAAUAAUCCUGUAGAUUAUAAUGAAGACUUUUCUUUGGAAAAUUGAUUAUAUCAGAAAAUUAAUAAUCAAAUUGUAACCAAAAACUGCUUACCAUUGAUUAUAGUAUUGGAGGGCCUUCAAUACCUUAAUCAAUGCUUAUACUAAUGUCUGUUUUUAAACCAAGAGGAAUAAUUCAAAUUUACCGCGCCGUAAUGCUUGUUUGUAAUUGGUCCAACUUCAGACAAUUUUACUCCACCGUUAUGAAUUGUUAACACUAAUAACAUUUAUGAAAUUUUGACACUACUGGCAUUUCAUAGGUUAAGUUAUAUCGGCGAUUUUUUGUGUUUUCUGUGUUAUUUCUAUAAUUGUUAGAUUUUUAGUCUACUUUUAUAUAAAAAAAAAAAUAGUUGGUUUUAGAACUCUUUAGCGACGUAUUAGUGUAAUAUAAUAUAUUAUAUGGAUUACCGUCGAAGACCGAUAUGAUCAACUAAAAAAGACGAUAUAUUUGUUGAUUUUUCUAGUGACUUUCUUGGGUGUGAAUCUGUCUUUUAGUUUACUCCUCCUGGUUUAAAAACAAACAGGUAUGUCUUAACAAACAGGAUAUACAGGUAUGACUUUUCAUGGCCGUGGAUAUCAAUGGCUCCUGAGAGUAGUAUCCCGAUUAAGGCCUGGCGCAAAUUGAACCAGGUGACCAAUGCAUUUAUUUUUCUAGCGUGCCGCAUAUUGAACACAAGCCAACCCAACCGUUGGCCAUCGACAUGGCGAAUAGAGACGGGCAAAAUCAGUGCGGACAUGUAACGGUUACUUUUGAUACCGGUUCUAAGUGGUACUGAGUACAAAUACUGAUCACAAAAUACUGAUGUAUCUGAUCCUUGUACUGAAUUGAGUAGGUAACUUAAAAUCGGUAUUUCCGUACUUGUAACUAGUAACGUUUUAAAAAUAUCUUACACGUUCCUAGUAGUCGUAGCGGUAUGCCUUUCGAAAACAUCAAAUUUGAUCAUAAGCGGGUGCAUAAAAAGAUAUCUUACACUGAGUAUUUUAUUUCUGCACAUAAUACCUACAUAUUUAAAAUAAUCUCUCCCCUACUGCUCGGUCAUAACUCAUAUUCCUCAAUUUACUGCUCGGAUCACAAUCAUUUACAAUUACUGCAAUAUCGCAAUAAUUUACAAUUACUGGAGGUCAUAAUUCAUAAUCCCUCCGCUACUGAUCUGUCAUAAAAAAUAACACUAUCUGCAUAUUUCGUUUUUAAUUUUUAAGCAUAAACAAAAAUGAUGUAAUAAACAAAAAUAGGUAGUAGGUAAUACGAUAUUUUUAUCGAUCACGCUUUUAUAACAUGAAUCAUUUUUCACCUUAUUUUUCUAAUAAUUGAUUUUAUAAAGGCAUAACUUUGAUUAUUAAUUUCGUAUCGCCGCUUAUUUAGUCUACCAAAAGUUAUCAGAAUUUAAUGACAAAGACAACGUAGUUUUCACUCGGGGUGUUGACUAUGCUAAUACUUUUAUUUAUCAUAAUAAAUUGUACUUAAGGUACCAUCCGUAUUCAUUUCAGAUACUUCCAUCUCGCAAACAAAAACACGUAAAAUAAACAUCUGGCGGUGAGUCACGAGUCCCACGGCCCAAGAAAACUGUACGCCGAUGACAAACGUUCCCAAGCGAGACCUGCGAACGCAUGAACUGAUAGUAGGAUGCGCAAUACUGUCUACGCAGUUCGCCGACGCAGGUUGUGUCUCGCUUAGGUUCAAUUUGCGCCGGGCCUAAAGCGUGGCACGCACUGUGUUAAAGUGUACAUUUUAUGAUUUUGAAGAUUCCAGAUCAAUCAAAAGUCAAAUAAAACAUUCAGAAAAUCUUAUGCUCAACUUUCCCCAGUUUGAGAUUAUUUUUUACAUGAAACAUAUAUAAAAUAUAACUAUGAACUCUCUCUUUAUCUUUUUUCAAUGUAUUUCCUGAGUUCUUUAUUAUUAUACCUUGCUGAUCAGAAAUGUGGGAAAGUGACCUUAAAAUGGGGGAGAACCUUCUCCAAUUUUAAAUGCUUUUUAUAUAUUUUUGAUAUAUUGAAUGCCAAAUGCAAAAAUAUGUCGAGUUCUGAACGCCACUUUUUUGUUAUCUCUAUGUUAAAAUUUAUUUAAAUUUUUUGUAAAGAUUUGAACUUUUUAAAUGGAAACGUUAUUGGUCUUUUGUUUAAAUGGAGAUGUAGACACUUAUAUGAUAUUACAUAUUGUGAUUAUUUACUAGUGAAUAAUUUAGUAUCUACAUUUAAGUUUCUCACUCACACAUCAAGUGUUCACAAAAUACAAUGAGUUAGUAUGUAAUUAAAUAAAAUGUUUUCAUUAA